UCUGUUUUUCAGGCUUCCUCUGUCUCUGUCUCUCGCUCUCUCUGUUUCUCCUCCGUCUUCUCGCGCAUCGCCAGAACACCCGCAGCAUCGACACCCGGUGAUCUUUGUUCUCCUGCUGAGUCUUCGCCGUCGCCGCUCUCUCUCGCUCUGUCUGCGUUUCGAGAUGGGUCGUUGUCACUCUAGAAGCGACGCAGCUCAUGGAAUCCGAUUCUGUUUUUUGGGUUGAUCGGAUACGCCGCUGAAAUCCAACCCCCGAGAUUCUGAACUUCGGUCUUGGUUUUUUUUUUUUUUUGUUUAUGACCGAAUUUCGGAUCUGAGUUUCGAUUUUCCUCUGGAUUCUUUCUCCCUCUGAUUCCGACGUACAUUUGAUCCGAAUCCUUCUUUUUCUCCGACCCCCAUUUGUGCAAAGGAGAAGGAAUCCUUUUAGUCUCCAGCUUUGCUUUGUUUUUACUUAAAGCUUGAGAGAACGGAGGCGGUAAUUCCAAUCGGGUUUCGCGAUGGCUGCUGCGGAGAAGAACACCGGGAAAUCGAGAAAGGGUGUUGAUGAGACACAGAGGAUGACGGGCCAGAGAGAUAGCGAUUCCAACUUGGAGAGCCAGCAGUGGAGGCCUGUGUUUGGAGAAGCUUCCAUGUCGAGUAGGCCUCUCAAGAAGGUCCGAAGCCCGGAGAGGCAAGCGAGCUUCCAGUUAUCAUCGUCUUCUUCUUGUUCUUCGGCGCAUCAAAAUCAAACACCUUUCGCCAUGCCUUCCUCUGUUUCCCCUGCUUCGGCCUCACCGCUCACUACCAUCGCCCCUUCGUCUUCGCACAACUCUCCACGAUUGAUCUUUCCUUUUGCUCUGGAUGGAACCCAACAUCACGGGCAGUUCCAGCAGCAGCUCGGGACCGUCCCGUUUCACGCAUUUCGGCCGACGCUCCAGCUCCAACCUCCGCAAAAUCAGGGGCAGCAGCAGCAGAUGAUAUCUUUCGCCUCGCAGCAGCAGCAGCAGCCAGGCCUCAAUCACCCGCUGUAUAAUUUCGCAGGCGACUUGUCCCCAUUGCAGCAGCAGCAGAGGCUGUUGCAGUACUGGAGUGACGCACUAAAUCUCAGCCCGAGGGGGAGGAUGAUGAUGAUGAAUCGGUUGGGGCCCGACGGCAGGCCGAUCUUCCGGCCUCCGCAGCCGAUAAACACCACCAAGCUCUAUCGGGGAGUGAGGCAGCGGCAUUGGGGCAAGUGGGUUGCAGAGAUUCGCUUGCCGAGGAAUCGAACCCGACUCUGGCUCGGAACCUUCGACACAGCUGAGGAUGCAGCCCUGGCCUAUGACCGUGAGGCAUACAAGCUUCGAGGAGAGAAUGCCAGGCUCAAUUUCCCCGAGCUUUUCCUCAACAAGGACAAGGCUGCGGAAUCCGGUGGUCCGAGCUCAUCAUCUUCUUCACCCCCUAAGGAUGAAAACGCGAUCACUCGCGAAGACAUGAAGACUUCUCCGCAAGCUUCAGAAGAACCCACCCUGCAGGACUCGCCUAUGGAGCUGAUGUCCUCACCGACUCAAGAAACCAAUCCCGAUGGGGAUUCGGGAAUAGGAUCGAGCGAGGUCACGGCAGGUGAAGUGGUUCAAGGGGUGGCGGGAAGUAGCAUUGCAGGGGAAGGAGGUUCGGUCCCGCAGGAGAUGGUGUGGAGGGAAAUGGCAGAGGCUUGGUGCAAUGCGAUGCCGGCCGGUUGGGGACCGGGCAGUCCGGUAUGGGAUGAUCUGGAUGCAACCAGCAAUAUUCUGCUGCAAUCCCAACUUCCUUUUGGCCACGCAAAUGAGCAGCAGUUCGAUGAGAAUAAUGUCCAGAGGCAGCAGGAAAAUUUCGGGUCAGCUUCAUCAUCAUCAUCAAAUUCUUUGCCCACGAAAUCCUUCUUUUGGAAGGAUCGAGAUUGAGGUUUCAUCAGCAUUUCCACAAGCAUCUCUCUCUCUCUCUCUCUCUCUCUCUCUCUCUCUCUCUCUCUCUCUCUCUCUCUCUCUCUCUCUGAAAAGUUCUUUUUCGGGUCCAUUUUGCACGAUCACCUCAUAUUGCUCAAGGUAUGAAGAUUUUUCCGAAACCGACCUUCUGAUUUCCAAAAAAGUUCGUGUUUAUCCUCCACAUAUUUGGUCAGAAAGAACAUUGUCCACAGGUUGAGAAACUCUUCUUGGCGGUUGCAGAUUUUUCCAAAAAGCAACCCAGUACAAACUUUUUUCAAGAAAACUUCAGAAGCUUCUUCAUUUCUCAUCUCCCCUUUUCCUUCCCUGGUUUAGAUGCCUAGAAUCUUCCAGGAUUCGGCUUCAUCCACGGACGUGUCCCCCCUUGAAUUCCCAGAUGAACAGGGGCUUCAUAUUUUUUUCAAAGCCUUUCUACAGAGGAGUGGGACAAAACAGAAGGCCAUUUGAUCCCCGGUAGUCGUCACAGCAGUUUGUCCAUUUAGGGGAUGUGACUCGUGGGUUUUACUUGCUGUAUCUUUUAGUUUUGUGUUUGGUACCUAGUCUUAUGAUAAUCAGGUUGAUAGUUAGCAGCUGUAGCCUGUAGAUCACAUUUUCAUGGUGGGCCUGCAUUGAGGGAGACGGUUUUGUGAUCUCCUUCUCAAUUUGGUCCGUCCAUCACCAGCUUUGUUUUUGUGCUGUGAUGGAGUCAUUGUAGCUUUUUGUGAUCAUCUCAUGUCCCAUCUUUAUCAUUAUUAGUAGUACAAUUGAUGGAUUGUAUCGGAA